AUGUUCGCGAAGCGAGGUCUCCCGACAGGCGUAAGAAAACGCCACAAUGCGCAAGAUACAGAAGGCGAGGCGCCCUCUGAACGGGCCGUUAGGUUCUCUGACGGGAGUGACGAGGAACACGCAAAGAUUGUGAAGAAGAAAACAGGAAGCCGCCUGCCGUGCAAGCAUUUCCUAAUGGGUCGGACAAGCGAUGAUUCCGUACGAAAAAUGAAAGCUACAGAGGCCCUCGCUCAGCAAAGCAAUCGACAGUUGAAUUUGGAGGAUGACGGUCGGGCGACUGCAGUUUUGGACGUGGACCCAGACAAGUCAACGGAUCACCGCGCGAUUUUGGAAAGAAAUUUCAAGAUUGGGGAGAUGAUAGAAAAGGGGGAGCUGGAAAGCGGCAUCUACAGAGGUAUGGGGGCGUACAGACACUACGUGAAGCCCAGCGAGGGAGCCCUCUCCCGGGCAAAAAGCACAGGUCUCUACGGCCCAGUCCGGGGGUCUAACAAUGUGCGCUUGACGAUGUAUGUGGACUAUAAACCGGAGAUAUGUAAAGACUAUAAGGAAACCGGGUACUGCGGAUAUGGCGACUGCUGCAAGUUUCUGCACGAUAGGACGGACUAUAAGGAGGGAUGGCAGGUCGAAAAAGAAUGGGAGGAGCUGCAAAAGAAGAGAUUGGAAAAGCUGCGCCGCCAAGCAGAGGGUAAGGAGGUGGAAAGUUCGUCUUCCUCGUCAAGCAGCAGCGAGGAGAGUGAAGACGAGGACGGGCUUCCUUUCGCCUGUUUGAAGUGCAGGGAGAGGUGGAGGCUUGACAUGGCCCCCGUAGUAACUCGCUGUGGGCACUAUUACUGUGAGAAGUGCGCUGUGGAAGAAUACAAGACGACCAGCAAAUGUAGUCAGUGCGGCAAAGAAACUCACGGCAUUCUGAAUAUCGCAACCCGGAUUAUCGACAAAUUGGAGCGUAGGCAGAAGGAAGAAGAAAACAAAGAGGCUGAGGGCGCUGAGGAGGAACAGAACGCACGGCUAGUUGCCCGAGAUCCGUAUCAGCUUGUCGCGUACUCUUCCAGCGGUUACAUAAAUCUGGCGAGUGAUAAACUCGAGCUUAAGAGCUUUGUUAUUGCAUUGAAGAGGACGGCCACUGAGCUAGGACACUCGGUGAAAUGGCUUCCUCAGCUGGGUGCUUGCAGGAGAUUUAGGCAAGCGAGUUUGCUGAUGCCUUGUUACAAGAGUGUGGGUACGAUAGGUAAUUUGUAUGCAUAUUCAUGA